UUGCAGUUCUGAUUUAAUUGUAUAUUUAAUAUGAGUUGUACAACGUAAAUGACAACUAAUAUAAAUUUAGAUUAACGCUAAGAAUCAGUUAAUUGGAGAUAAAUUUUGAAAAAAUUCACAUGCAUACAGAAAAUGUAAUUAUACUCUUGAAGCCCGGUUUUGUUCUUUUUAUCAAUUUCCUUUUCUCAAAAACGUUUAAAUAUUGAACCCAACCCUCACCGCAAGGCCCUUCCAAGAAACUUGACCUGUUUUCUACAAACCUCUCCAUAAUUAAGACCAAACUCAAGAAUUAGCUCUAGGUCGUCUGUAAUUACCCCAAACCAAAUAAAACACGUCACUUCGUAAUGGAAGUAAUAAUUUCACCACCUCAGUAUCGACCAUCAAUUCAUCCACGAUGUACCACCAAGACCAAGCCGUAAGCAUCCUUGGCGAAGCCAUCCCGAAACGAAGGAGUGUUUUCCUGGAAAGUGGUGUAAACAGUGCCGAUUCGUUCAAAGCCUCCAAAGUCGGGCCUGCACCCCCGAUCAAAUUCAUCAACAAAUCGUCAACAGACAAAUUCGGAAAUGGAGCGAUUUACGAAGUCCUCAAACCGAUCUAUGCCCUAAUGAGGAUUGUGGGAAUUUUCCCGAUUAAAAACACCGAACCUGGGAUGUUCCGAGUGGCGCCGGAGUUAUUGGGGUACUCGGUGGUGGUGUUUGUGGUGGUUAUGGGGUACAUUGGGUUUAUUGAGUGGGACAAAGUUGAAAUAGUGCGCUCGCAAGAAGGCCGGUUUGAAGAAGCAGUGAUUGAUUAUUUGUUCACUGUGUAUCUUUUACCCAUUAUUAUCAAUCCAUUGGUGUUGUAUGAGGCCAGGAAGUUGGCAAAUGUGGUCACGGAUUGGGUCAACUUUGAGAGGAUUUACUACAAGUUGACUAAGAAGAAGCUUUCGGUGUUUUUUGGGAACAAGCCAGUGAUUCUGACCGUGGUACUGCCGCUUUUGGCUUGUGGGGUUAUGGUAGUAACCCAUAUCACGAUGGCACAUUUUAAAAUUAUUCAGGUGGUCCCUUAUUGCUACAUCAACUGCUUGAUCUACCUAAUCGGGGGCUUUUGGUUCAUGCAAUGCGACGUCGUGGGCAAAGUGGCCUCUCAACUAGCUGAAGACUUCCAAAUGGCGCUAAAGCACGUGGGGCCGUCGUCUCAAGUCGCCGAUUAUCGUUCGCUGUGGAUGCUUUUAAGCAAAUUGAUAAGAGACGUAGGGAACGCCUCCGGAUACACUGUCACUUUCCUCUGCCUCUAUCUAUUUUUAAUAAUAACUCUGACAAUCUACGGGUUACUGUCACAGCUUCAAGCCGGUUUUAGUACCAAAGAUAUCGGCUUGACGAUAAAUGCGGGCUUAGCAAUUUUCAUUUUGUAUUUCAUUUGUGACGAGGCUCAUUACGCCUCCAACUGUCUGCGCGUCCAGUUUCAGAAAAAACUACUUUUGGUCGAGUUGUCCUGGAUGAACGAUGAGGCCCAACAGGAAAUCAAUAUGUUCCUAAAGGCCACGGAGAUGAGUCCUACGGAUAUAAGCCUAGUUGGCUUUUUCGACGUUAAUAGGAAUUUAUUUAAGUCGCUGUUGGCAACAAUGGUGACUUAUCUGGUGGUGCUCUUGCAGUUCCAAAUCAGCAUACCCGAGGAAGCCAGUCCUACCAACUCCACCACAAUCACUACGCAAACACCCAACUAAUCCACUCUAUUUUUACACAAGUGUUUUAUCAUAUUCAUAAAACGAUCAAUGUUAUUUUUAGUGCUACUAUUUAUUUCCGAGGGUUGGUGUGUUUGUUCUGGGGUGCAAUCCGAAGUUUAGCAACGAGGGUGGCAUUUGCGUCAUAAGAAUAGGACAUAUCGAGUUUUUUUAAAAAAUUAAAUUAUUUGUAACUGAUCAAUUGCGAAAUAAAUUUUUUAUCCCAACUUCACUUUCGAGUUUUGAGAGCCAUCCUGUAACAUUUGACAAAAAUUCGAUUUGGAGUGAAUUGAAUUCUUUACGCAGUCUGAGAUCGCAAUCGCAAAACCGCCUUUGUUACGUGUAACACCACAAAUGUAAAUUUUAUGGUAGUGGCAGCUGCACCACGUUGCACCCUUUAUAAUUCAUGAAAAUGCAAAAAAAUGCAUGUUUGUUGUUCAUGCGGAAACCCACCCAACCGACACAAAAGACCACUUUUCUGCUCCUUUUGUAACAUCAAGAGCAAUAAAUUUCGCAAAAAAAAUUAUUGUGAAAGCGCAAAAAAAUAAAUAAAGUGUGACCCCUCAUAAAUUUCUAUUCCCCGAAUGUCCCCAAGGCUAUCGAUUCUAAUCAACCCUUAUCAAAGCAAGUUUGGUUGGCAAAGAACUGAAAAACAACUCAUAUAUUCGAUAUUUCAAUCGUAUAGACGUGACGACGCGCUCUGAAUAGCUGGUUCAGUGGGGCAGCGACUUUGGGGUGAGGGCGAGCCACCCCAUUCAAAUGUAAAUGGCGAAAAUAGCCAAAGAAACAUAAUUAAAACCACCCCUAAAGGCCACGACCGAAGCCAGACAAAGAGGGGAAAAUUUCGGAAUUUUCGCGUUUUAUUGAUUGGGCCU